AAGGAAGAAGACGACGCAGAGUAAAACUAAUUUCUUGGUUUAUUCGAUUUUCUGAUUCUUCUGAGAUUCCUUUAUACUUUCUCUUUCUCUCUCCACUCAAUCCUUUAUAUUUGCCCAUCUCUGGAUCCAUCUUCAAUACUCCGACAAGAUCCCCCUCUUUAAAGCCAAACACCCAUUUCUUCUUAUAUCACAGAUCUCAUACAAUAUACCAUAACAAGAAAGAUGAUCGUCGGUGAUAAUCAAGAUCACGAUUUCUCCCAGAAAAUGCAGAGGUGUCAAGAUUAUAUCGAUGCCCUUCACGGCGAACGCCAAAAGAUUCUUGUUUUUCAGAGAGAGCUUCCUCUCUGUUUAGAACUUGUCACUCAGGCUAUUGAGGCUUGUAAGCAGCAGCUAUCGGAGACGGCGACGGCAACGGCAACGGCGGCGGAUUGUAUGCACGCACAAUCUGAGUGUAAUUCAGAGCAGACGACUAGCGAUGGCCCUGUUUUCGAAGAGUUUAUUCCGAUUAAGAGAAACUCGUGUUCGGAUGAUGAUGAUGAUGAACAUGAAUCUCACAAAUCCAAGAGUGAUAAUGAGAAAUCGGAUUGGCUUGGAUCUGCUCAGCUUUCUCUAUGGAACCCAUCUUCAGAUCCACCCAUUUCACCGAGGAAGUUGCCGGUGACGGAAGUUAAGAGAACCGGCGGCGGCGGAAGUGGUGCUUUUCAUCCUUUUAAGAGAGAGAAAAGUGACAGGGCUAUUGCUUUGCCUGUGCCGGCGCCGGCGCCGGAAACAGAGGCGGUGGAAGUGGCAGCCACUGAUGCUGCUGUUGGGAAGAAAAAAGAUGAUAAGGAUGAACAUGGGCAGAGAAAGGCCCGGCGUUGUUGGUCACCGGAAUUACAUCGGCGGUUCUUACAAGCUCUGCAACAACUUGGCGGUUCUCAUGUGGCUACACCUAAACAAAUUCGGGACUUGAUGAAGGUUGAUGGUCUUACAAAUGAUGAAGUGAAGAGCCAUUUACAGAAAUACCGUUUACAUACAAGAAGACCAACUCAAUCCACUCACAAUUCUAACAACAACAACAAUAACCCACAAGCACCACAAUUCGUGGUGGUCGGAGGUAUCUGGGUUCAGCCGCCGGAGUUUGCUGUCUCAGGUGAUCCAUCACCGGCAGCCGCCACCAGAAAUGGUGUCUAUGCACCCAUUGCCACGCCGGCGGUUCCACGCCAGAGGCAACAGAUUAAUCAACCUAGAUCAUCUCAUUCUGAUGAGAGAGCUACUGCCAGCCAUAGCCAUGAUUCGAAUUCUCCGGCGAACUCUUCAUCCACCCAUACCACCACCGCUUCAUAAUAAAUAUUCCGGCGAGCUAGCUGUACUAGAGAGAGAGAGAGAGGGAGUUCCGAGAUGUGUAGUCAUUUUUUUUUUUUUAUUAUUAGAGAUUACUUACUAUUGUAUUAUAUCAAACAUGGUUUAAACAGAACAGAACACUGAUCAGAGAUAUACUACAAACAUGAAACAUCUUUUAUUUUGCUAGUGAAA